UCUUUUUUUCGAUAUUUAUUUCCAGAACUAGAACAAUUGGCCCGUAAAUCUGGCAUUACAAUUACCAGAGGCAGCAAGGGUAAACCGAAAUUAGUGCUGGCUGGCUAUGCCUAUUUUCGUAACAAUGUCAAGGGUACAAAAACCUAUUGGCUGUGUGCCAAAAAUCGCUGCAAUCGCUGUAAGGCUAGAAUAAUCACUUGUUCGCAAAGUGGUGAAUUGGUGAUUAAAAAUCAAGAACACAAUCAUAUAGCAGAUUUUUUUGUUCUUAAUUAUCCUUUGGCACAGAAUAUUUUCAAUUCCAUUCAAUAUGUCAAGGGUCAGCGCGGUUCUCGCAAAAUGGUUUGCGGUGGCUAUUCCUACAUUUGUGCUAAAAUCAAAAAGGGCCGCAAAUAUUGGGUGUGUGCCAAACAGCGUAGUCGUAAUUGUAAGGCCCGUCUUAUAACCGAUCUAGAGGAAGUAGAAUUUUAUACACGCAACAUAACACACAAUCAUGUUACGGAUGUGAAUCGUCUUACGUUGUUGAAAGAUUUACAAUGAUUUUACAAUGGGCUUAGUAAUAACUACAGAAUUGAUAUAAAAAAACAAAAAAGAAAAGCUGUUUUAAAAAAAGGUAACUACGAGUAAAUACAUUAUUAUAUAGUUUUUAAAAUACUUAAAUUAAAU